UCAGGGGCGUGGCUGCUGAGAGCACCUCUGCCAGCCAAGCCGGAGCUGGAGCCGAGCUUUGUUCUGGUGGCUGCUGCCUGCACCCUCCGGCGUCUGGGUCCACCCCUCGCUUCCCAGCUCCCUCCUCCCGUCCAUCCCCUGUAUCUGGGCCUGCAUUCCCUUUCCCAACCGCUUCGCCCUAGAUCCUGUCCUUCCUUCUCCUCAAACUACUGGCCAGCGCCCUUGCCUGGUACCCUGCUCUCCAUCCCUCCCUCCUGCAUCUUCUUCCCCCUGAUCUCCUCUCGGGUCCCCUUUUUCCCAAGGUCCGGGUCGCUCCGCUCCGCUAGGUCCCGCCCCUCCAGGGAUGCCCUCUGCAGCCCCGCGCCCAUGGUCCUGACGCUGCUCCUCUCCGCCUACAAGCUGUGCCGAUUCUUCGCCAUGUCAGGGGGCAAGCCAGACACGGCAACUCCACCGUCCCCUCCACUUUCUUCCGGCAGGGACCGCGUGGCGCGCAUCGGGCUGGGCGUCAUCCUGAACCUGGCAAAGGAACGCGAGCCGGUGGAGCUGGCUCGGAGUGUGGCCGGCAUCUUGGAGCACAUGUUCAAGCACUCGGAGGAGACGUGCCAGCGGCUGGUGGCGGCCGGCGGCCUGGAUGCGGUGCUGUACUGGCUCGACGACCAGCGCCUCGUGCCGCUGCUCGACUCCUCGCGUUUGGAGGCCCAGUGCAUCGGGGCGUUCUAUCUGUGCGCGGAAGCUGCCAUCAAGAGUCUGCAGGGCAAGACCAAGAUAUUCACUGACAUCGGUGCCACCCAGAGCCUGAAACGCCUGGUUUCCUACUCCACCAAUGGCACCACCUCAGCGCUGGCCAAGCGCGCGCUGCGCCUGCUGGGCGAGGAGGUGCCGAGGCCCAUCCUGCCCUGCGUGCCCAGCUGGAAGGAGGCCGAGGUCCAGACGUGGCUGCAGCAGAUCGGCUUCUCCCAGUACUGCGAACGCUUCCGGGAGCAGCAGGUAGAUGGCGACUUGCUUCUGCGGCUCACGGAAGAGGAGCUCCAGACGGACCUGGGCAUGAUAUCCAGCAUCACCCGCAAGAGCGGCCUGGACCGCUCCCUGCUGCACCGCGUGUCCGAGCAGCAGCUGCUGGAGGACUGCGGCAUCCGCCUGGGCGUGCACCGCAUGCGCAUCCUCAUGGCCGCCAGAGAAAUGCUACACUCCCCUCUGCCCUGCACUGCCGGCAAGCCGAGUGGGGACAUUCCGGAUGUCUUCAUCAGCUACCGCCGGAGCUCAGGCUCCCAGCUGGCCAGCCUCCUGAAGGUGCACCUGCAGCUGCAUGGCUUCAAUGUCUUCAUUGAUGUGGAGAAACUGGAAGCCGGCAAGUUUGAGGACAAGCUCAUCCAGAGUGUCAUGGGGGCCCGCAACUUUGUGCUGGUGCUGUCAGCCGGGGCCCUGGACAAGUGCAUGCAGGACCAUGACUGCAAGGACUGGGUGCACAAGGAGAUCGUGACUGCUUUGAGCUGUGGCAAGAACAUUGUGCCCGUCAUUGAUGGCUUCGAGUGGCCAGAACCGCAGGCCCUGCCCGAGGACAUGCAGGCCGUGCUCAGCUUCAACGGCAUCAAGUGGUCCCACGAGUACCAGGAGGCCACCAUUGAGAAGAUCAUCCGCUUCCUGCAGGGCCGCUCCUCCCGGGACUCGUCUGCAGGCUCUGACACCAGUUUGGAGGGUGUUACACCCAUGGGCCCGACUUAACCAGUCCCUAGUCCCCACGUCCUGCUGUGACCCCCAUUUCUAUGGUCUCCCUGGAAGGAGCAGCUCCGCACACUGGCCUCCCUGGGCUGAGACAGCCUGGCCCUUCUCAGGAAAUGGCUCUCCCUCUCCCAGACCCCCAUGGGCCACCUCAAACCCAGCUUCCUCAGUAUCCAGAAAGGGAAGCAAGGCACUGGGGAUGGUAAGGGUUAGGCCACCCUUAAGCCCUGCCACCAGGUUCUCUGUCUCAGGUGUGGGAGGGUCACGGAUCAGUUCUGGAGACACCGACGAGCGAGGUUUCACUGCGCACAACCCCCUCUCCUGCCCUGACAUCAGCCAGCUUGAGUAGGGGACGUCAGGCAGCCUCUGACAGGAAUUAAGGCAAUGCCCAGCCCUCCCAGCCCAGCGGCCUGGGCCUGGGAACCAGCAGGGAUAAAAGUCCACUGGUGGCUCUCCACCUACACUGUGCUGGUGCCCAGGUUCACCACUUCCUGCCACCCUGUGGCCUUGCCCUGAAAUCACUCAGUGUCCUUAGCUGACCUGGUCUGGUCCCAAGUCCCUUCCUAGCCUCCCUGAGGCACAGCCUCUCUUGCCACAUCCUGGGUCAGGAUUGGGCUGAGCCAGCCCCUCCUCUGGCUGCUUUGCAGCUGCGGCUGGGUUUGAAGCACUCACAGGUACAUGGCACUCCCUGCUCGGGCCUGGGCAGGGGCGGCCAUGUCUCAAAGGGCUGCCAGCCACCCUCCCAUGCCUUGGUGCUGUGCCUCAGGCUCCUGCCCCCCGCCCCCCCGGCUCAGCUGGCCUCCCCAGCCCCUCCCAGCAGUAGCCUGGGCAGAGCCUGCAGCUCCUUGGGAGGAGGCAGUGUCCUGAGGAAGGGCAGGGGGCACAUUCAAACCACCUGGGAAUUUUGUUACAAUUCCACUCAGGCGACCUGGGGUGGGGCCUGGACUUCUGCAUUUUUGAUUCCCAGGUGAGCCCACGAUGGUGGUCAAGAAAUGACAUUUUAAGUAGCCAGGCUCUGAAAUACAAACCCCUUACCCCCCUUUACCAGCUCCCCGGCACCCCGCUCCAUGGUCUCCGCAAUCAUCAGAGCCAUUUUACGUUACCCGAUGUGAUCUCCAUUUUUACAGUGGAGUCAAAUGAUGUGACAUUUUCUAAGCCAUGAGUGGCAGCCCAGGAUGCAGACCUGGCCUCCUGGUGCUCAGCCCACUGCUGGUGGCACUGCCCUCCUGAGAAUCAUGCUGGAGGCUGAGACCCGGCUGGGCUGCCGCUCCACAGACAGCUGGCUUCUUCCUCGCCCCAAAGAAUCUAGAAGUGGGGAUAGGUUUUUGACCGAGGGGCUCUACAGAAAUAAAUGAGCAGGAACACCUCUCUGCCCCUUCCUCCAGGAGGGUAGGAAAGCUCCAGCUAACCAGGCCUGCCUCUUCCCUCUUGAGCAGCAUGUUCGCACCUCAAGGCUGGCUCAGCUCCCAGAGUGCCUCCUGCAGGUGCUGGCCAGGUCACUCUUAGCUCUUGAGCCACAUGGUCAGGAAGUCAAAGGUCUCACUCCACCCUCGGUACUUCUCCCACUCCCCUCCCUGCCAAAGACACUGUUUAGCUGGCCCUAGCUCCGGCUUUGACUGCACUUCCUCGUUCAUGCCAACACGGGGCCCACCACUGCCGGGCCCUAGCUCUGAUGGUGACUAAGGCAGACGAGACAUUGCGCUCACAGAGCAGAGGCAGUAACAAUACAGUGCGGCCAAUACCCUC